UCUGCCACGAAGGGAACAUGGCGGAGAACAAGAAACUGAAGGGCGGGAGGAUUCUCAGCAAGCGGGGCGGUGCUGGGGGUGCUGGCGGCGGCGCUGGCUACGGGGCGGUGCUUGGCCUGCCGACCCGAGUGGUGGUGGAUGACACCCUGGGACUGAUCGAGGCCGGCCCGGCGGAGGCAGAGGCGGGGGCUGGCUACCAAGGCAGCGGCAGCGGCCCCCGGGACUACUACAGCUCCAACACUCACUUCGGCAGCCGCUCGGCCCACAAACGCAGCUCCGAGGGCGCCGGGGUGCUGGACGCGGAUGUGAGCGGCGCGUAUCAGAGCGGCGGCAGACGGGACUCGAGCUCGGGUUCCAGCUCCCAGUACACGAGUCGCUCAGCCAGCAAAAGAAGUUCCGUUGCGAGUUACAAGAUCACCGCCAAGGAGGGGGCGUACGACCUAUGGCGGGGACACACGCGCUCCGGCAGUCUCUCCAGCACCGACAGUGGCAGCAGUGACGAGGUGUACAGCCGCACCAGCUCCUCCUCCUCAUCCACACACUGCCACGAUAUCGUCACGGAGGCGCCCGAGGACAAGCUGCCCCUCGUCAAGCUCUCCGUUGCUGCUAUCCUCUCGCUGCUCUUCACGAUGCUGGAGUACGUCGGCGGCUACUACUCGUCCAGUCUGGCCGUGCUCUCCAACGCCGGGCACCUCAUGAGCGACUUCUGCGGCUUCGCGGUGUCCCUGGCGGCUAUGUGGCUGGUCAGACGGCCUCCCUCCACCACCAUGAACUUCGGCUACCAUCGUGCGGAGGUGUUGGGCUCGGUGGCUAGCGUGCUGGUGGUGUGGGUGGUGACGGGCCUGUUGGUGGGCGCCGCCGUGCAGCGCCUCCUCAGCCAGCCCUUCACCCUCGACCCCGACGUGAUGCUCCUCAUGGCCUCCGUGGGGCUCGCCGUCAACAUCUCCAUCGCCCUCAUCCUCCAUGGCUGUGGGUGCCGCGGGUACUUCCAUGGGUCACAGAGGCCCUCAAGCAGCAAGAACAUCAAUGUGCGUGCCGCCCUGGUGCACACCGUGGCCGACACUCUGCAGACCCUCGCCGUGCUGGUGGCGGCCAUCAUCGUCAAGAUAAAGCCCGAGUACCAGAUCGCCGACCCCAUCCUGACCUUCGUGUUCGGGUUCAUCGUGGUGGUGACGACGCUGCCCAUCCUGCGCGAGCUGGCACACAUCCUGAUGCAGGGCGCGCCGAGGAACGUCAACUACCUCAGCCUGCUCGGCGACCUGGAGGGCCUGCCGGGGGUGCGCACCGUCCACAACCUCCACAUCUGGUCCCUCACGCUCGACAAGAACGCCCUCUCGGUGCAUCUAGGGAUUGACCAGAGCUUCGACGCCGAGACGGUGCUGGACGAGGCGCAGCGGCUGGUGUUGAAAAACUACCGCGUGCACAGCUCCACCAUCCAGAUCGAGCGCUACGCCAGGGAGAUGGACACCUGCAAGAAGUGCCAGACGCCCGUCAGUUAAUGUGAGUGUGCCGCUCAGAAAACAUGGAAAAGACGACACACACACACACACACACACACACACACACACACACACACACACACACACACACACACGUACACGCCCCCCACACAUUCCUUUUGUUCUUCCACCACACUCUAUCCGUGACCCUGUUCCGUCUCCCCUUCUGUUUUCGUCUUCCUCACCCCUGCUUAUUCCUCGUCACCCACAACAAAAAAUGAGUUUCAGAAUUUCGACAUUGUUUUCGUAAUUCCUGUCUUGAUGAUAUUUAUUUGGAGGCAGACUCAUAGUUCAACACAUAGUGAUGUAAGACUAUUCUCUCUCUCUCUCUCUCUCUCUCUCUCUCUCUCUC